AUGGCUGCGACGCGAUACCAGGCCAAUGAUCUUCGUCGCCAGGUUGGAUCGCCGCGGUCGAAGGGGCGGGAGAACAAGGACACCCUCUGCCGAAACGUCCUAAUCUACGGCCACUGUCGAUACGAAGACCAGGGCUGCACCUUUAGCCACGAUCAGAACAAAGGCAAAUCAAACCAAACCGAUAUCUCCAAGAAGUCUUUGAAUGUCGAGUCCCCAUCAUUCACUCCAGCAACUAUCCCAACGAUCAUCAAGAAGGGUGCCCUUAGCACUCAAGCUGCCAACGCACCUGCUUUUACUCCGCGAGGACUAGGAUCCUCCACGCCAACUCAAACUUCAGAAAAUGACACGGCCGGAACCUUCAAUCCGGCCGCAAUCCGUGAAUUUACCCCUAGCUUCGAACUUAACUCAUCGGUUACCUCGAAUGGAUCAACGCAAGAUGCAUCCGUGUCCUACGACCCGUUUGCCAUGUCCACCGUUGGGCAAGCUCUCCCCGCAGCCCCGUACAACCCGUAUGCCGAUGACCAUGCUGCACUAAGUAGUGCAGGGGCGGCUUUCUUCCAGCCUCAGGGAGCCUUUGCCACCCCUCUGCAACCGCUCCAGCAUCACCUAUACGCUGCGGUUGGGCCUCACCGCGAAGAUCUCAUGCCCUACCAACGUAUGACCCACGACUUCUUCAUGCCAGAGAAGCUCCGAGAAGAAUAUCAGAAGAGAGCAGAGGCAACUCUGCAGGUUAUGCCCAACUCUCAAUUACCCCAACUGGACAACUAUCACUCGCUGGUGGCUCUGGAUACCACUCAUAGAAAGAAUGCCAAUAUUUUUGGUUACCCCAGCUGGGUUUACAAGGCAACAUCUACAAAAUCAGGCAGAAUAUACUGCUUAAGGAGAUUAGAGGGCUUCCGGCUUAGCAAUGAGCAGGCUAUUAGAUCCGUCAAGGAGUGGAGGCGGAUUAACAACGGCAGUGUAGUGACAACUCACGAUGCCUUCACGACCAGAUCAUUCGGAGACAGCUCGCUCAUCUUUGUCCAAGACUAUCACCCAUUGUCGAAAACCCUAGCCGAGGCUCACCUUACACCUAACCCUGGCCAAGGCAAUCGAUAUCAGAAAUCCAGUAUCCCCGAGAGUGUUCUCUGGAGUUAUAUUUCACAAAUCGCCAACGCCCUCAAAGCCAUUCAUUCCAUCAACCUCGCGGCCCGUUGUGUCGAUGUUUCAAAGAUUAUUGUCACGGAUAAGAACCGGAUAAGACUGAAUGCGUGCUCCGUCCUCGAUGUCGUCCAGUUCGAUAAUCGCCGUCCUGUCCAGGAGCUACAGCAAGAAGACUUGAUCCAGUUUGGACGCACCAUCCUCUGCAUCGCCACCCUUACUCUCCCCACUCAUCUUACGAAUCUCAAAGCAUCUAUCGAGCAGAUGAGCCGAACAUACUCAGUUGAACUGCGGGAUACGAUCCUGUGGCUUCUGACGCCUCAAACGCCCCCUGCCCAAAAGGGCAUCGAUGAAUUUAUUCGAGGCAUCGCCACGCACACCAUUGCCGUGUUUGACCAAGAUUUGCAAACCACGGACCAGCUAAGCUCUGAACUGUACAGGGAACUUGAGAACGGCAGAAUUGCCCGGUUGAUGAUGAAGUUGGCUACAGUCAAUGAGCGGCAAGAGUUUGACGGCGACCGGGCGUGGUCGGAGAACGGCGAGCGAUAUAUGCUCAAGCUUUUCAGGGAUUAUGUGUUUCACCAAGUGGACAGUAACGGGGAGCCCGUGCUCGACAUGGGACACAUGAUCCGCUGCAUGAAUAAGCUGGACGCCGGCACAGAUGAGAGAAUUUGUCUGACGAGCCGAGAUGAACAAACGAGCUUCCUCGUCAGCUAUAGGGAGCUGAAGAAGCAGCUGGCAAACGCCUUCGGCGAGCUUCAGAAAGGAGGGAACAAGCCGAACAGAAUCUUGUAG